CUAUUCCUCCCACUGACAUCAAUGAUGGGGCACGAUUUGUUGCUCUGACACCAAUGAUGGGGCACGAUUCCUCCCACUGACACCAAUGAUGGGGCGCUAUUCCUCUCACGGACACCAAUGAUGAGAUGCUAUUCCUCCCACUGACACCAAUGAUGGGGCACGAUUCCUCGCUCUGACACCAAUGAUGGGGCACUAUUCCUCCCACUGACACUAAUGAUGGGACACUAUUCCUCACACACUGACACUAAUGGUGGGGCACCAUCCCCAUCAUUGGUGUCAGAGCAAGGAAUCGUGCCCCAUCAUUGGUGUCAGAGUGAAGAAUCGUGCCCCAUCAUUGGUGUCAGAGUGAAGAAUCAUGCCCCAUCA